GCAAAAAGGCUUUAACAAGAUGGGAAGGAUGAAUAAUUUUCUUGUGUUGAUGGCCUUCUGCCUUCUUAGCUUUGCCUCUCAUGCGGCCGCGGCCACAGGCACUGCCACUUUUUAUACUCCCCCUUAUGUUCCAUCAUCGUGUUUCGGGUUCCAGGACAAUGGUGUGAUGAUAGCUGCAGCAAGCGAUGCAAUUUGGGAUAAUCGGGCGGCAUGCGGUAGGAAUUACAGGGUGCGGUGCACCGGAGGUACCAAUCAGGGCGUCCCCGAGCCUUGUCGAGGUGAUAGUGUGGUGGUGCGUGUUGUCGACUAUUGUCCUCCCGGGUGCAGGAGCACCAUUGAUCUCUCUCAGGAAGCAUUCUCUCAAAUUGCUGAUCCCAAUGCCGGAGUGAUCAAUAUAGAAUAUGAACAAGUCUAAAGGAAGACGAAUAGGGGCUGACUUCCUUUAUCAUAAAGUCUAGGAACAUUUGAUGGGGGCUGCCUUCAUAAGCAUUGCGCUACAACACUACACAAAUAUAUGUCAUAUGUUGAUGUGCCAACUUUCAACCUAUAUAACAAUGAAAUAAAUUCUCUAUUACUCA